CAAACGCUGAACUGCAUUUAUUUUCCGUUUCCGAAAAUUUCUGAGAAAAUGUCGAUGUUCCCAUUUCUUUUCGACGUGGAACGCCCUAGGCGAUUAUCCGACCAACAUUUCGCGUUGGCAUUAACACCUGAAGACAUACUAACAAUGGUCGCUCCUCAAUACACCUCUGAUUACUACCGGCCAUGGAAGCAACUGUCAAACUUGCUCCGCGACGUCGGCUCAACAAUAAAAGCUGAUAAAGCUAAGUUCCAGAUCAACUUAGACGUACAACAUUUUGCGCCUGAAGAGAUUUCUGUGAAGACUGCUGAUGGAUUUGUCAUCGUCGAGGCUCGUCAUGAUGAGAAGAGAGAUCAACAUGGAUGGGUGUCCCGUCACUUUAAGAGGAGGUAUGCCCUUCCUGAAGGAUGUACCUUUGACUCUGUUCAAUCUUGUUUAUCAUCGGAUGGAGUUCUGACUGUAACUGCGCCGCUUGAGCGUCCUCAAACCGUGAAUGAACGCGUGGUGCCUAUCAUUAAAACUGGUCCAGUGAAGACUCAGAUUGAUGGCUCUAAGACUGAACUGGGAGAUGGUGAAGCUCCGCAGUCUCCGGUAGAAAACGGUCAGUAAAUGCAUUUGCAACUGUUGCGAUGGGCGCGCCGCCAAUCUAAGAAUAGUUACUACGUAACAAAUGAUCUUGACCCUCAAUGGAUAUCAAAUUAUUUGUGUCGACGACAUCUACGUAAUAGUGCAAUAUUCUUCACUAUUUUUAAAUGUGUCUAGAACUCUGCGUUUACAUUCUAAUAAUGUUUGGGUGGUUAUUGUUUUUCACAAAAUUGUUUAUUAAAUUAU